AUGGAUCCCCGCGAGGUCUCCAUUGAUCGCAUACUAUCUUCAGCUUUGGACGCGCUCUCCAUUUCACAUGCCCCACCAGAGGACCCUGAGAUUCUCCGACUGCCCCCGCUUCCAUCUCCGGAGAAGGCCCGGACUCUUCCCCACAUCCCGGUAGCGCUGUUCUCGGCACCUGCUUGCGCCUUGCAUACGUACAUCCGAACGUCACACAUCUCUACCAUUGUAGAGCGACCACAACGGUUGCGUGCGGUUGCCGUUGGUCUAGCCUGUGGAUUGGCACGACUAGAGGACGCCUUACAUGAUAAACAAGCUUCAUUGCCUGAUGCUUCCAGUUUGGGCUCUUCCGCGCCCGACUUCCUCCAGCUGGUCUCCCCAGCAGAAUACCGUGCUAUCGAUAUACGCACACAUGAAGCAACGAGAUACGUUCAUAAUAAGCUGGCUGAUCUCGAAGAGGAGCGAGAUCCAGAUUCUACCGAAAAGGCCUACAUUGGGCGGUUGCACGAACUUGUCGAGACGUGUGUCGAAAAGAUAACCGUGAAACAAAGUGAAAUCCCCGAGGAAUGGCCUCAAGGAGAUUUGUAUCUUUCCCCCGGAUCAAUGGCGGCGUUCCAGUCAUCUAUAGCAACUGUUUGCGCAUCAGUUGAUUUGGUCGUGUCUCCAGCAAGUCCGAAACGAGCCUUUGUUUCUGUUCGACCUCCCGGGCACCAUUGUUCUUCAGCCACGCCGUCAGGAUUCUGCUUCUUGAAUAACGUCGCGAUUGCGGCUGUACAUGCCAAUUUAAGCCACUCUAUAACACAUGUUGCCAUUCUCGAUAUUGAUUUGCAUCAUGGGAACGGAACUCAAGCUAUCGCAUGGGCCAUCAACGCGGAAACAAAUAAGCGUAACCAGUCAGAAGAGCAACCCCAGCCAGAUGCAACGCCAGGCCUUCAGAUAUACUAUGGUUCCAUGCAUGACAUUCUCAGCUAUCCAUGCGAGUUAGGAGACCCGGCCCUGACGCAAGCAGCCUCUAUCUGCAUUCAUGGGGGGCAUGGUCAACAUAUCGAAAACAUUCACUUGGAGCCAUACACGUCUGAUGAAGACUUCUGGGGCCGAUUGUAUCCGCAGAAAUACUCGCAGCUUCUGAAGAAAGCGGAUGAUUUCUUCAAGAAUACGGGAGCAGAACCGCACAAGAGCUUGGUUUUGGUGAGUUGCGGCUUUGAUGCCUGCUCGCAUGAGAUGGAAUCGAUGUCAAGGCAUAAACGCAAUGUGCCACCCACAUUCUAUGGUCGUUUUGCUGCGGAUGCAAAAGCGCUUGCUGACAAGUGGGCCGACGGCAGAAUUGUAACCGUUCUUGAAGGCGGUUAUGGGGAUCGAGCCCUCCAGAGCGGAUCAAUGGCUUAUCUUGUGGGUCUGUUUUUGACUCCAGAAGAAGUGAUGCGGCGGACACCAUGGUGGAGUUUGGACGAACUUAUCAAGAUCGAGAAGGCGUUCCCUCCUCCAAAGGCCUCCAAUCGCAGAGCUCCUGUAUCAUCAACGUCCACCUCUCCAUAUCUCGUGCGCGCGUUGUCCCUGCUGCCCCUCGUUUUUCCACCACUGUCUCCCGAAGAGCAGCCUUUACCACGUUCUGCUCCCGGUACUCCUGCACAACCUCACCGCAUGGGUCUCCGAGAUAGGAAGACUCUGAAGCCUGCUAUUCCAGCUGAAACGACGCCUCCUCGUAGUGGAACACGGACAAGAGCAACUCGUGGAAAGCGCGGAGGCAAGUCAAAUGCGAAUACACCCUCUCGACUUCCCGAGCCUAGUGCAGCGGAAGAGCCUUCUACGGCGGGAGCAACAACUACGGAAAUCGUACCACCACGCUCAGUCUCGGACUCGGACCUUGGGCAACUCGCUAGCUCAAUGCAGGAUCUUAAAGUGAAAAUGGAUCCAGAACCGAGCCCCCCUCUGCUAGAUCCCUUCGAAACCAACCGACUCUCAGACGAAACACAAAUCGAUCCGCAGGCUAUUCCGGAAGCCGAAACGACAGAACGACAAUCUUUGAAGGUCAAGCUCCAUGUUCCACGGGCCAUCAUGGAACAAUGGCGUGCGCAAGGUGGCCAACCUGGAAUAUCGCCUGGUAGCACAUCCUCCUAA